CCUUCCCUUAAUUGUAGCUGAUAAGGGGAGGGUUGAGUUGUCUCCUGUAAAAGGCCCGGAAAAGAGGAGUUACCCAAAAGGAGCCCGAAAGGGGAAAAGCAACCAGCUGCUUUUCCUGUGGAUUAGUCUUUUAGGCUUCAGAAAGUGGUCCUUUGGAUGCUUCGGCCAGGGAGAGACGUUGCCUUCCUGAAAACUACAAAACUCUCCUUCUCCAAGUUUUGCUCUGAGAAUAUAGUUCUAUUAUAUUCUGCUAUUGCCUUUUAAUUUCAACAAAGGGGUGAAGCUUCUUAAAGAAGAUGGCGCACAAUUCCCAAGUCAACAUCUCAAUGUCAGAUUCCAGUAUGAAUGGCGUCCCAAGUCCAAAGGUGUCCACCUGGAGCACAACACGGGCCUCCACCGUCAGUUUUCACAAUAUCUGCUACAGAGUGAAGACAAAAACUGGCUUUAUCGGUUGUCGAAAAAUAGUCAAGAAAAACAUCCUCACAGACAUAAAUGGAAUAAUGAGACCAGGUCUGAAUGCAAUCCUGGGACCAACUGGCUGUGGCAAAUCUUCACUGCUAGACAUUUUAGCUGCAAGGAAAGACCCUCGUGGCUUAAGUGGAAAUGUUCUCAUUAACGGUGCCCCGCAGCCUUCCAAUUUUAAAUGCAUCUCUGGAUACGUUGUACAGGAUGAUGUAGUGAUGGGAACCUUGACUGUCCGGGAGAACUUCCAAUUCUCCGCAGCCCUCCGACUUCCAAGUACUGUGAAACAGAAAGAAAAGGACGAAAGGAUAAACCAGAUCAUCAAUGAACUGGGCUUGACAAAGGUGGCCGAUUCAAAGGUUGGAACCCAGUUCAUUCGUGGGAUCUCUGGGGGAGAGAGAAAGAGGACCAAUAUCGGAAUGGAGCUCAUUACUGAUCCUGGAAUCUUGUUCUUAGAUGAGCCUACCACUGGACUGGAUUCCAGCACAAGUAAUGCUGUCCUGCUGCUCCUGAAAAGGAUGGCUAGGCAAGGAAGAACAAUAAUAUUUUCCAUCCAUCAACCACGCUACUCCAUCUUCAGGCUAUUUGAUAAGCUGACCUUAUUGGCUGCAGGAAGAAUGCUCUAUCAUGGACCAGCUCAGAAUGCCCUAGAAUACUUCAAGUCCAUUGGUUAUGAGUGUGAAUCGUACAACAAUCCUGCUGAUUUCUUUCUGGAUGUCAUUAAUGGAGAUUCAACUGCUGUGACUUCAAAUAAGAGUGAAGAAAUAGACAUAGAGAAUAUUGAUGAGCACAUCAGCCGUGAUAAGACAUUGGCAGAGAAAUUAGCCGAGGAAUAUAUCAACUCUGUUUACUACCAAGAAACCAAAGCAGACUUGGAAAAGUUGUCUUCAGGAAACCAGAAGGAGACUGUCUUCCGAGAAAUCACCUACACCACAUCUUUCUGGCACCAGCUUAAAUGGGUCUCCAAGCGCACAUUCAAAAAUUUGGUGGGCAAUCCACAAGCAUCCAUAGCACAGGUGAUUCUAAUCAUUUAAAAAUACCUUCUGAUAUCACAUUAUUAUUAUUAUUUAAAUGCUGAUCUAGUAUAACUGAUUGAUUUAUGCCAGUCCUUAUUUUUCCAUAGAGUUGGCGCCAUGUUUUUCAUGACUACGAACCAGUGUUUCAGCAGCAUCUCUGCUAUUGAGCUGUUCAUUGUAGAGAGGAAGAUAUUUAUCCAUGAGUAUAUCAGUGGAUAUUACAGAAUUUCUGCAUACUACUUCUCUAAGCUGAUGGCUGACUUAAUACCCAUGAGGACACUACCGAGCAUCUUCUUCACUUGCAUAGUUUAUUUCAUGAUAGGUCUGAAACCAACAGCAGCUGCCUUCUUUAUCAUGAUGUUUACCUUGAUGAUGGUAUCUUAUACAGCUACCGCUAUGGCACUUGCUAUAGCCACAGGACAAAGCGUGGUGGCUGUAGCUAAUCUACUCAUGACCAUUUCCUUUGUUUUUAUGAUAAUUUUCUCUGGAUUGUUGGUAAAUCUGACCACUAUUCUGUCUUGGCUGUCUUGGCUUCAGUACUUUAGCAUUCCUCGAUAUGGCAUGACAGCACUGCAGAUUAAUGAAUUUGUUGGGCUAGAUUUCUGUUGCUCAAAUACUACUUUGACCAAUUCCAGCUGUAUAAAGAGUAGUAUGUGCAAUGGAGAAGAAUAUUUGAGAAGCCAAGGCAUUGAGCCAACCGUCUGGGGCUUGUGGCAGAACCAUGUUGCGCUCGCUUGCAUGACUGUCAUUUUCCUUUCCAUUUCGUAUAUCAAGUUGCGUUUAAUGAAGAAAUUCUCUUAAAACAAACUUGUCCUAAGCAGAAGAGCUGCAGCCACCUUCCCCAAUUAGUUUCCUUCAGGUGUUUUUAGGCGACACCUUCUAUCUUCGCUUGCCUACAGGAUCGUAGGAACACAUGUGGGAAGCACCAGAAUAGCGGAAAAUCUGAGCUAUAAAGUGGACUGUUCUUGUCUCACUUAUAUUCUUGAUUUCUCAAAUGAAUACAUAAUGAAGAAAAAACAGCACUACCCAAUAUCUACCUUUAUAAUACACUCAAUUAUUCAUCUGUUAUAUUGACUAACCUGUUAG